AUGCAGGAACCCAGUUCGCCUGUCCAGGCGGUCGCCCCCGACCAGACAGCUGCAGCAUCCGCUCCCGUUCCUGCCAGGACCGCGUCUUCCCCCACGCCGCUCGAAUCAUCACCAGACACGAAUGGCAAGCAGACGGAAACCGCAAAUCCUACACCCAAGACAUCCGAUGGCGAGGACAAACAGACCGCGGAACCGCAAGAGGAAUCUUCUUCUGUGCGGGUGGUGGAAGCGGUGCGACCAUCCACUGGAAUUGUCAAGGGCAGCAAGGCCGCCCUGCCAUCUGACAACCGGUCUUCCCGCAGCCUGAAGUCACCCCGCAGCAUCCCCAGCAUAGUCGUGGACGAUGCAGCGUCUCGUCCCAGUUCACGGUGGUCAGAACGCAAAUGGGGCAUCCUGAAAGGUAGAAAGUCUACUGAGUCCGAACUGAGACCACGGCCCGCGCCACCGGCGGAAACGUCUUUCCAAGGAAUCGAGCUGAGUAUACCAACAGGAGGGUUGGACGACUUGACAGUGGAUUCGAUGGAAUUCUCCAAACGGGGUAGCCUCCUCAAUGAGCAGCAAUCCGUAGCGCCAUCUACGUCGGCGUCGAACGAGCCCCCAACGACGGUUUCGACUGCUUCACCGCGCAAAAGGGCGGCGAGUUCCCUGCGUGUCAGGCAAUCGGUCUAUUCCACACGUGCGAUUUCUGCGGAUGAGGAUAUGUUGUCACGACGGGUGAGAUUGAUGUACGAGAGAGGCGAAGAGGAUGUGAGCGACGCGGACGUGAGUAGAGCAAUGGCUCAGGAGAAUGGUGUCCUCUGGGAAGAACCCAGUCCGACGGAAGACGGGACAGAUGCCGUAUCCGAUAGGAACGCGUCUACAACAGAUUUCAGGAGUGUUUCGUCCAUCGGUACGAAGAGCGCCAUCAAGCGGGAAGCCCACGAGCUGGCUGGCGGCAUCGAGGAUUGGCAGAAUCUCGAAGCAGGUGACGUUGACAGAUACGGCUUCAUCAUCCCACGCGCCACAAAAGACAGCCAGGAGCCCUGUGCCGAUGCGCAUCCUAUGCAACGGGUGUCAACAAGUUUGCUAAUUGCCUCAGAAACGCCACGGCGGAGACACAUACUCAUGCGUGCCCCGUCAUCAAUCAGAAGCAGCCGGUCUCUCACAGGAAAGUCACCCACACGCAACGGCAGCAGACACUCCGUGUCGUCAAAUCGGCCGAACUCUUCUCAAAGCGCGUAUAGUCCGUCCCUCAGGAGAUCACCGUCGAAAUUUCGAUACGCAGCAAAUCGUCUCCCGCACAAUAAAGACCGUCGAUUCAGAGAUGAGGCAGGUGAUAUGCUAACGCUUCCAUUUGAAGUUCUGGAGGCCAGUCAAGACACCCCCGCAACCCUGGCGAUGAAGAGAAAGGAUCCAUCAGCGGACGAGCUUAUUCAGGCAUAUCAUGAGUUCCAGGAGAUGUCGUCCCCGGACGACGUCCAGAUCGAUCUUGAUGUGCCUCGCACCAUCAGCAGCCACAUUAUGUUCCGCCGACGUUAUCGAGGAGGCCAGAGAUUGCUCUUCCGGGUUCUGCACGCUAUGUCGUUGUAUUUCCCUGACACUGGGUAUGUUCAAGGCAUGGCAGCUCUCGCAGCAACACUCCUUUCCUAUUACGACGAGGAACAUGCAUUCAUAAUGCUGGUUCGGCUAUGGCAACUCCGAGGGCUAGAACGCCUCUAUAAGCCUGGGUUCGCGGGCUUGAUGGAGGCUCUGAACGACUUUGAGAAAGAGUGGCUUGCAGGUGGUGAAGUUGCUGAAAAGCUGAAUCAAUUAGGGAUUACCCCAACUGCCUAUGGUACACGGUGGUAUCUGACGCUCUUCAACUACUCUAUCCCUUUUCCAGCACAACUUCGCGUCUGGGACGUUUUCAUGCUUCUAGGCGACUGUGAUGAGCCCGACUCGGAACAACCGGGCACUUCCAGGAGUUCAUUCGGAAAGGGCCUGGAUGUCCUACAUGCGACAGCUGCUGCUUUGAUUGAUGGCAUGCGAGAGAUCAUUCUCGAAUCCGACUUUGAAAACGCGAUGAAGGUGCUCACGAGUUGGGUCCCUAUCAAGGACAUCGAACUGUUCAUGCGGGUUGCCCGGGCCGAAUACAAAGUCCAUCGCCAUCGCAAGAAGGCCGGAUAG